UUUGUAAUAUUUACAUUGAUAUUUUAUUUCAGCUGACAGCAGUUCGCAGUAUGACGCCAUACGAGCAUACCUUAAAGAACUGGAUAUUACAGACAAUGUAUGGAUAGGACUUUCGAAAAAUGCUGAAAAACCAAACUUUAUGUGGACGAAUAGUUUACAACCCUUAUCAGGUGAAGGUCACUGGCAGGAAUCCAUCCCCAUCUCUAAAAAUUCUCUAUGUGUAGCCAUGGAUCCUGCAAAGGACUUUUUAUGGAAAUCUUUGACGUGUGGAGGACCUGAAGUUGCUUCUUUCAUUUGUGAAAUGCCAAUUCCUUCGUGGGCGAUGGGUCCCAAAGGAUGUCUGUUGACGGAAUUGCCGUCGUUGACUGUCCUGUACAUCCCCGAACAAUCCUCUCUGGAGUUGACGUCCGACUGCGGUUUGGACGGAACCAAGAGAAUAGCGUGCAAAGGGAAUGCGGUAAUUCACACUUUGUCGCCGGGUUGUCGCAAUAUGGAGGUUAUUUUCAAAGGAAAAACAGCUCUUGUCACGGGUGCCAGCCAAGGAAUCGGUAGAGAAAUUGUUAAACAGUUAGUUAAGUGUCAAGCAAAUGUUAUUGCCGUUGCAAGAAAUGCCGAUAAUUUAGCAUCACUCAAAGAAGAAGUACCCUCUAUAAAUACCAUACCACUUGAUUUGUCGGACUGGAACGCCACUGAAAAUGCUCUCAAAGAUGUUGGGCCGAUAGAUUUGCUCGUUAACAAUGCUGGUUUAGCAAUUUUGGGCCCUUUAACUGAUGUUAAAGAAGAUGACGUCGAUAGAUUGCUUGCUAUUAAUGUCAAAGCCAUAAUUCAUGUAUCGAAAAUUGUAGUCAAUAAUCUUUUGGCCCGAAAAGUACCCGGAUCUAUUGUCAACAUCUCGUCUCAAGCUUCUAUGGUCGGCUUGAAUAACCACACCGUAUACUGUGCCUCAAAAGCUGCCGUGGAUGGUUUUACAAGAGCCGCUGCUCUGGAAUAUGGACCCAAAAACAUCAGAGUCAAUGCAGUUAACCCUACAGUCAUUAUGACAGAUAUGGGCAGACUUGGCUGGUCAGAUCCCGCUGUUGCUAAGCCCAUGUUGGAGAAGAUACCAUUGAGACGUUUUGGAGAAGUCCACGAAGUAGUCGACGCAGUUACUUACUUGUUAAGUGAUAAAGCUAGUAUGAUUACCGGUACAUGUCUACCCAUUGAUGGAGGUUAUGUUUCUUCGUAA